AUAGACCUAUAAUUUAAAGUCUAUAUAAACAUCUCUUAGAGCCCAAAGAGUAUCCAAGAUUUCUGUCUAUUAACACCUAAGUCUACCUUCUAGUUUGGAAAAGGAAAGGGAAGAAAAAUAUGGGGGAAAGAGGAAUGGGGUCAGUGUUAAUGGUCUGUUUGGUGUUGGGUCUUCUAAUAGGACAAUCCACAGCUUCUUUCCCAAGCUGCUACAAGGGUUGCUUCGUUUGGUGUGUUAAUAACCUAGGAAAUUCAGCAUUUUCUUGCGCUCUCAAGUGCCUCAAGAAAUGUGUCCUUCAGACCUCUCCUGUUGGCAAUAUCCAAGACACCCAAUACUUCUGCAAGCUUGGUUGUUCUACUUCCUUGUGCACAAGUCUCAGCUCCAAACAAGAUCCUAGUGAAGGAAAAGUUGAAAGUUGCGUUGAUUCUUGCUCAGAGACAUGCGCCACCAAGAACUAA